AUGUGCCCCACAGAAUGGCAGAACGUGGAGAGCGCAACACCGUCGUCGGUUGUCACGAUGCGCAGCUCGAGUCAGUCGUCCCGAACGCAGACCCUGGGUGUAGCGAACGGUGUCUCUAAACACGGGGGUGUCUGUGUGGUUGUGUUCCGUUUCUUCCCUUUCUUUACGCAGGGUGUGUUCUUCUUCAACAUCGUGCAGUGGACCCCGAUCAAGUACCUCGGCUACUCGUACCCGUUCUGGGCCCACGCGUUCGGCUGGUUCACGGCCCUCUCGUCGAUGCUGUGCAUCCCCGGCUACAUGAUCUGGUUGUGGAGAAAAACACCCGGAGAUCGUGCGAACAAAAUCCGUCUGAUCGUUCGGAUCGAAGACAGCGUGAGCCAGCUGCGGGAGAGAAUGCGAGCUGACGCCGAAAAGGGAAUGGAGUUAUAAAAGGCCAGCGCCCGCCUAGGGCAGCACCAUUUCACCCCUUCGCAACCCCUUCCACACUUCACUAGUAGCAGCACACACACACACACACAUACACAUGCCUCCUAGUAACCCUCGCCAGCCAGCCAGCCAGCCUACCAAUCUUCGCCGCCAUGAGUACCGCCCGGACCGGCCUAAAGAUGAUGCGAUGCAGCUUGAGAAUGGCCCUCAGUGUCAGGACAUAGGCAGGCAGGAGAGGCAGGUCGUCAAAGGCUACCACACUUUAACGCGCGAGGCGCGCCUGUCAAAUCCUUUUCCGAUCACUCCAGAACAGUCUCGACGCUUCCUCCCUUAUAUCAGAAGUCUACGAAUGAUUGUACUAACGAAUGAUAGUACCGACGCACUAUACACCCCCCGCCCCUCCACCCAGCACACAAAAACCCCUGCCGUACCCCGCACACCUAAGCUGUCUUUUUCUGAUGAUAAGAACGUGGACGAGGUGAAGAAGUAACUAUAUGUUCCGUAGCGUGUUAAGAUUAUCCAAUGCUCCGACGGCAUCCCGAUCGACGAGAGAGAAAGAAAGAGAGAAGGGAAGAGAGAGAGAGAGAGAGAGAGAGAGAGAGAGGGGGAAAGAAGCCUGCGGGGCGUUCGUGCCGCGUUCAACACCAACAACCGAGGCGCACCUCAGCGUGAGGGUUGGGCGGUUGCUGAUAACCAGGCAACCAGGGACCCGUCGGAUGGGGCCGCGCGCAGGCUUCCACCACCAGAGGCGUGUGGAAUCUUGUGGAAGGCAAUAAAUGUAACUCAAUCGACCCUCUAUUUAUUCACGGCACUUUUGCACUUCGGACGACGCUACGACACGCGCGCGUGCGUUGCCAAACCGCCCACCAGGGGACGGACACCGAGGCCCGAGCCCCGAGUGAACCUGU